GUUAUACCCAAUCUGCUUAGGCAUGAAGGCAGACCCACUGGAAAUCUGUCUUGUCCCUCCUUGCCUAGAUGUGCUGCCUCCCUCGCCUGCUUCAGUGCUUGCGGUCACUCGCUGACAGCAACCAGCCCCAUCCCACACGCUGAAGCCAGCCAAGUCCUUCCCACCUGGGCCCGGAGGAGGAACUCCUAGGCGGGCAAGCUAGGUUUGCAUAUCCAGUUCAGGUGCUCUUGGAGGGUAGAUGGGGCCCUGCAGGCUGCUUUGGAGACUGACUGCCUGGCUAAUACUGCUGAGAUGCCAAGCGAUGAGCACCAGUGCCCUGAGUAAAAACCGCAGCUGCGUCUCCUAUGGAUCUAAUGCCCUGAUGGAAGGCAUGGAGCAUCUCAAGGGCUUAAUUUCGGAGGACGGCCACAACAGAACCAUCCAGUGCCCUCACAACCAGUGCUGCUUUGGUAUCUGGAACCUGACCCAAGGACAUCUCCAAGCCAAGUUGCAAGGUUGCUGGAUCAGUGAAAAAGAUGCCUGCGAUUCUGCAGCCUGUGAGUCCCGAUCUUCAGAGGAUGCCAAAACGGUUACUUUGUCCUGUAGGUGCAGAUCUGAUUUGUGUAAUGCUAACAUCAGCCAUGUCGGGCCUCGAAAGAGGAAGGCUGCGUCACUGCCCAGUGGGAACAUCUGGAUCAUUACCUCCUGCAUUCUUCUGCUCUUCCUGGGCUGUCUGGCGUUUCUAGUUCUAAGGCAGUGGAAAGUCCUUGCUGUGCUCCUGAGCCCAGAAGAAAGCGGUGAGCUCACCAAGGUCACUACGAGCUCCGAGCCAAAAACCGAGAGGAAACUUCCCACACAGGAGCUUCCAGAUCUCCAGUUCCUUCAGGUUCUUCAUGAGGGGCAGUUCUCCAAGCUGUGGCAAGGAACAUUCCGCCAGCAGCCUGUGGCCAUCAAAGCCUUCCCUGCGCUGUGCUACCGGCAAUUUGCAUCCGAGUGGGCUGUGCACAGCCUCCCGCUGAUGAGCCAUGACAACGUUGUGCAGCUUGUGGCUGCCGGGUGUGGAGGACCACACAAGGAACAGGGGGGCCUCCUGGUGCUGACGCUCUACCCUCUGGGGUCCCUACGGCAUUUCCUCAUGCAACAUGUUUGUUCCUGGGACGUCACUCUCAAGCUAGGGUCCUCCCUUGCCAAGGGCCUUGCUUUCUUACACAAGGAGCUGUGGAAGGAAGGCCUGCAUAAACCUGGGGUGGCACACCGAGACCUGAGCAGCCAGAAUGUGCUGGUGCGGGAGGACAGGACCUGCGUCAUCACGGAUUUCGGCCUCGCCAUGACUUUACCUGCGCGCCACGAGGCGUGGAGAGAGGGCCCCACGGAAGGCAUUGUCCGCAAGGCAGGGGCUCCACGCUACAUGGCUCCUGAAAUUCUGGAUGAGAGCUUGAACCUGCAAGACUUGGGCUCGGCGCUGAGGCAGGCUGACGUCUACUCCAUGGCACUGGUGCUGUGGGAAAGCCUGAUGAGAUGCUCUGCACUCUUCCCAGAAAACAGGGUCCCUGAGUUCCAGCUGGCCUAUGAAGCAGAGCUGGGCAGCAACCCUACAUAUAGUCAACUGAGGAGUCUGGCUGUGGUGGAAAGGGGUCGGCCGGCCAUUCCAGCUGCUUGGAGGAGAAUUGGGCAGGCUGCUGCCUGUCUACAGGAGCUCCUCGAGGACUGCUGGGAUCCUGAACCAGAGGCUCGCUUGCAAGCUGAAUGUGCCCAUCAGAGGCUGCAGAAGCUGUAUGCUGAGGGCCUCGUGAAAGAGUUGUGACGAGGCUGAAACACAUUAUGCUUCACAGUCUGUUUACCUAGACAUCAGCCCUUGCUUAAAAUAGUUCUUUUGCCUUUUGUCAAGAAUAAGCGGCCAUGAAGGAAAGUCCCACCAAGCAUGGCUUCUCACCAUGAUUUUGGACCUCAUCAGAGUGGACUAGAUGUGUUUCAUUUCCUUUGUUUUUAUAAACCUUGUCCACUUAAUCAACUCAAUGAGCUCUGUCCACUUAGUCAACAUGAAUUGCACUUGUUUAACAGUGGGUCCCAACCUGCACCUUCCUCUCGUUUCAUCCAGCUGUUCUUGGGCUCUCAAUCACUUGAAUCUUCCCAUGCCUACAUCACUUCCUGCAGCACUGCAAAAGCCAUUUAUAUACUAUGAUUUGGGCUGGGAUCCUAGGCAUAUUUUCCUAGGAAUGCGGAUCACUGGGACUUAAUUUCUUAGUAGAUCUACAUAGGACUGCCGUGUAAGAUGCCCAAAAUGAAGAAAUUGGUACUGGGCACAGAAUUCAUUAUCCUAAGAAUGUCUGUUUUUCUGUCAAGCAAAAUACAAGUCCCUAUCCGCGGGUGGCGCUGUGGGUUAAACCACAGAGCCUAGGACUUGCUGAUCAGAAGGUUGGCGAUUUGAAUCCCUGCG